AUACCAUAUCGUGAUCUCCAUAAAUGUGCUGAUAAACUUAAAAAGUUGUACCAAACAUGGCAGAGUAUAACAAAAAAGAGUGUGGAUAAAAUGGGAGCAACUUUGAAGCAAACAUAUGAUGCGUUUAUAAACGAUCUAGACGAUCUUUUUGAUAUUGCGAGAGCCGAUGCGUUGACCAUCAUGCACAAUAAAGAAGAUCGUGAUUUUCUUGAAAAACAGCGACAGAAAGGGCGACCUGGAUCAAUGCUGGGAGUUGACGCUGUAUUAACCGCUAGGGAAAAUAGAUCAGAAUUGAGCAGAAGGAAAGAAGAAGCGCGACAAAAGAAGGAAGAUGAUCGGUUGAAGAAUGAAAAAACAUCAACACGUCGAAAAAUUGAUCAUAACGCAAAUGAAGACACGGGAAGUGUUUCUGAUGCUCCUGAAAUAUACGACGGUGAAAUUGAUGCGCCUAUAUCACAGGAAAGGCGUUUUACUAGAAAACAACAAUGGAUAACACCACGUUUAUGUUCUGCACUUGAUAAAGCAAAGGUAUCGGACAGAGAUGCGAUGCAUAUUUUGAUGGCAGCGUUGGAGGGGUUGAAGUUACCAUCCCGUGAUUAUACUCUGAAUCGAACAUCAUUGCAACGAAAGCGUGAAGAGAACCGUCACAAUCGAAUUGUUGAAGCAAAAUCCGACUUCAUUUACAACAUCAGCACUAGCGAUCGUUUGGUGGUUCAUUGGGACGGUAAAAUUUUAACCGAUUUGGUCGGUAGAUCUCACCGAAUAGCAGUUCUUUUUCUUAGCAGUAUCAUUACGGAACGGAACGGCCGAAGCUAA